ACUCAAUAUGCCUAACGCUAACAUUAGCAAGACAAGGCACACCCUCGCUUCUGCUGCUUCGAUUUUACAUUACAACUGAAUGUUGUGUCCAUAGAAUCUAUGUCAAUAGAAAAAUACGACCAUUAACGAGAUUUACUUCAAAUGGCUUAAUGUUGCUAUGAAAGUUAAUAUCCAACGUUAAUACACUAAGUUAGUCCGUUGGUUAUCAAAUGUGGCCGUGAAAUAACGUGUUUUCUGACGUUGACGGAAACGACGGCCUAAGUGGAAAGAGGGAACAUGUCCAAGGGACCAGCAGUUGGCAUUGACCUGGGGACCACCUACUCCUGUGUGGGGGUCUUCCAGCAUGGCAAAGUAGAGAUCAUCGCCAACGACCAGGGAAACAGGACCACACCCAGCUAUGUUGCCUUCACAGACUCGGAAAGAUUGAUAGGUGAUGCUGCAAAGAAUCAAGUGGCAAUGAACCCAACCAACACAGUCUUUGACGCCAAGAGGCUGAUUGGGCGGCGGUUCGAUGACACUGUGGUGCAGUCUGACAUGAAGCACUGGCCCUUUACGGUCAUCAAUGACUCGACACGGCCCAAGGUGCAGGUCGAGUACAAGGGCGAGACCAAGGCCUUCUACCCUGAGGAGAUCUCCUCCAUGGUGUUGGUCAAAAUGAAGGAGAUCGCUGAGGCCUACCUGGGGAAAACUGUUACCAACGCUGUCGUCACGGUGCCAGCCUACUUCAAUGACUCCCAGCGCCAGGCCACUAAAGACGCUGGAACCAUCUCUGGCCUGAACGUGUUGAGAAUUAUCAACGAGCCCACAGCCGCCGCCAUCGCGUACGGCCUGGAUAAGAAGGUUGGUGCAGAGAGGAACGUCCUCAUCUUUGAUCUGGGCGGUGGCACUUUUGACGUGUCCAUCUUGACAAUCGAGGAUGGCAUCUUUGAGGUGAAGUCUACAGCUGGAGACACUCAUCUGGGUGGCGAGGACUUCGACAACCGCAUGGUUAACCACUUCAUCUCUGAGUUCAAGCGCAAGUACAAGAAAGACAUCAGCGACAACAAGCGCGCUGUGCGUCGUCUGCGCACGGCCUGCGAGAGGGCCAAGCGCACACUUUCCUCCAGCACCCAGGCCAGCAUCGAGAUCGACUCACUCUACGAGGGCAUCGACUUCUACACGUCCAUCACCAGGGCCCGCUUCGAGGAGCUCAACGCUGACCUUUUCCGCGGCACACUCGACCCUGUGGAGAAGUCGCUCAGGGACGCCAAGCUAGACAAAGCCCAGAUCCACGAUAUCGUGCUGGUGGGCGGAUCCACCCGCAUCCCAAAGAUCCAGAAGCUUCUACAGGACUUCUUCAACGGCAAGGAGCUCAACAAGAGCAUCAACCCCGACGAAGCAGUCGCCUAUGGAGCAGCUGUCCAGGCAGCCAUCUUGUCUGGAGACAAGUCUGAAAAUGUGCAGGACCUGCUGUUGCUGGACGUCACGCCGUUGUCCCUGGGUAUUGAGACCGCCGGCGGCGUCAUGACGACACUCAUCAAGAGGAACACUACCAUCCCGACCAAACAAACACAGACAUUCACCACUUACUCCGACAACCAGCCUGGAGUACUCAUUCAGGUAUACGAGGGUGAAAGGGCUAUGACAAAGGACAACAACCUCCUGGGGAAGUUCGAGCUGACAGGCAUCCCCCCAGCUCCCCGCGGCGUUCCCCAGAUCGAGGUCACCUUUGACAUCGACGCCAAUGGCAUCAUGAACGUCUCUGCUGUGGACAAGAGCACUGGCAAGGAGAACAAGAUCACAAUCACCAACGACAAAGGGCGCCUCAGCAAAGAGGACAUUGAGCGCAUGGUGCAGGAGGCUGAGAAGUACAAGUCUGAGGAUGAUGUGCAGCGUGAAAAGGUGUCCGCCAAAAACGGCCUGGAGUCCUACUCCUUCAACAUGAAGUCCACCGUGGAGGACGAGAAGCUGAAGGGCAAGAUCAGUGACGAGGACAAGCAGAAGAUUCUCGACAAGUGCAACGAGGUCAUCAGCUGGCUUGACAAGAACCAGAGUGCUGAGAAGGAUGAGUUUGAGCACCAGCAGAAGGAGCUAGAGAAGGUGUGUAACCCAAUCAUCACCAAGCUGUACCAGGGUGCUGGCGGCAUGCCCGAGGGGAUGCCUGGUGGAAUGCCCGGUGGCUUCGGGGGCGCAGGCGCUGCACCAGGAGGAGGGUCCUCCGGACCAACCAUCGAGGAGGUCGACUAAGGCAUUCCACGGCCAAACCACUCUCCCUAUUGCUAACGCCAGCUCACACACACACACACACACACACACACUCUCACUCACUCACUCACUCACUCUCUCACAGACACACACACUCACACUCCAGUUUCCCCUCCCGCACCAAUGGCAGGCGCAUGUUUGUUUUGCGUGAGACCUUUUCCUGAAAUGUGUUCUUUCAUAAGCAUUACUAUCUAAUUUUCCCAGUUUGUUAAAGCAAUGCGUUCUGAAACUGCUCCACUGUAAAAGACUUUCACUGGAAUCUGAGCGCCUGACAGGUCACUUAUGCUCAGGUGGUUAAAAUCACCCCAUUUCCUUUUGUUCCAUCUCCUUGGUAUUUUCUUUAUUUUUGAAUUUUUUUAUUUAUUUAUUUUUUUUUUU